AUUUUAGACGUUAGGGAAAAAAAUAAAAAAGAAGAACACAGUACAAUAUUGCAACAGACACAUGUACAGUACAACCUGCUUUUCCUUAAAACCUCCGAAACCUUGCUUUCCAUUUUACAGUUCUUGAAUUUGAAUCAUUUCUUCUUCUCUCUGGCUUUGAGACUGUUAAGAAAAAGGUGAAGUGAAAUUAAAAAAAGAUGGUUUCUUCUGAUGGAAGUAGAGGCAGUGUGGGUGGUGGUGGCAACCCAAUCAAGAAGGUUCUGGGUUUAGGGUAUUGGGUUCAAGGGUUCAGAUGCUUCCCAUGGCUGGCAGUGAAUUUCUUCCUCAAGGAUGGACUCAAUGUGGACCCUUCAAAACUCCAAAUUCUCCUGAAUUCAGCUAAUCUUCCAAUGGUUGGGAAGCCCUUAUAUGGACUUGUUUCUGAUUCAAUCUACAUCUCUGGCCAGCAUCGUGUUCCCUACAUAGCCCUUGGAGCUUUCUUGCAGGCAUUGUCAUGGCUAGUCAUAGCAAUCUAUCCGUCAAGCAUGUCGAUUUUCACAAUAUCUGUAUACCUCCUCCUUAGCAAUCUUGGUGCUUCUAUAGCUGAGGUAGCAAAUGAUGCCAUUGUAGCAGAGAUGGGUAAACAACCUCCUCCAGCAACCAAGAACUCUCAGUCAUCUUCCUCAGGAAGCCUCCAAUCGUUUGUUUGGAUAGCCUCCUCCAUAGGAGGAGUCCUUGGAAACCUUGUUGGCGGCAUGUUUAUUGGCCGGUUCUCCCCACAAUCAAUGUUUCUUGCCUUUGGACUACUACUCAGUCUCCAAUUCUUUAUAACCAUUUCUGUUUCUGAAAGCUCUCUUGGUCUCCCAAAGAGUACAUCUGCAGGGAUAAGGAAACAAUUCUCACAGCUAUUGGUUGCUUUAAGAAAGCCUGAAAUCGCUUACUCGAUAUCUUGGUUCGCGGUAUCCUAUGCCAUUAUCCCUGCACUCACAGGAACCAUGUUCUUUUACCAGACAGAGUAUUUAAAAAUCGACUCGUCGGUAUUGGGAAUUUCAAAGGUGGUUGGCCAGGCAACAAUGCUUUUAUGGGGGAUCAUAUACAACCAAUACUUAAAAUCUAUUCCAUCAAGGAAACUAAUAUCAGCCAUUCAAUCCAUGAUGGCAGUUUUCAUGAUCUCAGAUUUCUUGUUUGUGAGAGGCUUCUAUAGACAAAUGGGCAUGCCCGAUUCGCUCUAUGUUGUGAUGUUCUCUGGAUUCUUGGAAGUUCUCUACUUCUUCAAGGUUCUUCCAUUCAGUGUGUUGAUAGCACAGUUGUGUCCACAUGGAUGUGAGGGUUCUAUAAUGGCAUUUCUUAUGUCUGCUGUGGCACUUGCAUUCAUUGUAAGUGGAUAUCUUGGUGUUGCAUUGGUGUCAUGGAUCAAUAUCACAGGAACUGAUUUUUCAAGGCUUCCAAUUGCACUUCUGAUUCAAGCGGCAUGCACAUUGUUGCCAAUCUUUUGGUCAUCUUGCAUACCUGAUGAUCUAAAACCAAAAGACAGGAAGAAAGACUAACAUACUUUGUAUACUUGUAGCACCUCAAACUAUAGGAUUCAUUUUCAAAAGCUUGGUAUAUUUGAUUGCAAAAUUCACCAAAUAGGAGAAUGCUUUGGUGGUUAUUAUUAAUUCUUCUUUUUGUCAUUUUUAUAUCGUGAAGAGUAUAAACAUUAUUACAAGGAAAUAUUAAAAGAAAUUCUGAUUUUUCUCCCCCUAUC